AUGCAAUCCUUCUCGCCGUUCGUGGAGGCCAAGAACUUCUCCAACGCACUCAGAAAGCAUACUUUGAACGUCGUGCUUCUUCCCUGCCCUAUCUCCAAUGCGGAUUUGCAGGAGUGGCAGGAGAUCUUUGUCGUUCUUUGCACGUUUGCUAGCCGGGAAGAGUUCCCUGGGCUUGCUGAGCAGCUUGGUAGCCGCCUUGAGUUCCAGUUUACCAUCGCGAAGUCUUCGAAUAAUCCUGAGAUUGUAGCUGAUGCUAUUCCUUAUCGCAAGAAUGCGACCCUCACAUACCUCGCUGCAUCCCGUCUCGAACGACUGGUCAACAUCUGGGCGGAGGAGCUUUUGGAGGAAGAAAAGGGUCUGGUAGCGGAAGAGAGGAGCAACUCGUAUUACUCUGCUCAUGCUCAUUCGUUGCAGACCUUCGUGGAGAAGGUUACUGUAUUCCGCUCUGCUACCAAGUACAAGGACGAAGAUCUCACGCAAACAAGCGUAGGCGUGGACGAAUCCGUCAAGAUCUACAAACUUGCGCAGUUGUAUGAUCGCUACUUUGAGUAUGCGAAUCUCUUGUCCUCGCAGGGGCUUGUUAAGGAGGCGGUAGCUUUCUUGAAACUCACCCCUCCGGGAUACAAGGGGUCAUCCAGUGGGACGGACUUGAGUGCCGAACGAGAUCGAUUGAUCGCUGCUACCGGGGGCGGAGAGCCUAAGCCAGCACCCGCACAAAACACUCCUGCUCCUUCAGUUCCCGCUACCACGAGGGCACCUUAUGCUUAUCCUUCAGUGCCCGCCGUACCCGUGGUAUCGACUCAACCAGCUGCCGUGCCGCAACCUACUGCCUAUCCAUCGUAUCAGCUGUCGGUUCCAGCGGUUGGCCCAUAUGCCCCUGCCCAGCAGCACCAAACGUCCUACAUCCCGCAAAACUACACGAACGCGCCAUACAAUCCUCAAGUUUCGUUGACGCAGCCUCCUCAUCUCAGGCAACAACCUCAACCAGCUCCUACUAUUCCCCCUCCUCCCCGUGCUACGAAUGGGGCGACUGGGCCUCCGCCACCACCAAAGAAGGAUAACGGAGGUUGGAAUGAUGCACCAUCGGUUGUUGGUCCGGCACGAACACCUGCGGCUUUGAACCUAAACAAACCCGCUGCUAUCACGUCGCCUUUCCCCAACGCAACUCAGUCUCCUAUGUAUUCACCUCAAGGGUCACCGUAUAUGACUCAGGGUCAGGCUUCGACCGCUCUUCCUCCCCCUCCUCGACCUGGAAGCGUUCAGGCUCAAGCUCGCGUGCCUCCACCGCCUCAAGGGCAGCGAAUCCAUCCUGGUGGCGCGUACCCUCCUCAAGGCAGACCUCCCUCACGUACGGCUGGCCCUCCUGGACCAGUGGCACCCCCAAAUCGAAUGAUGUCUCCUCAACAGAGCCACGGUCAACCAUCCCAAAGACAACCCACCCCAAGCCAGUAUGCACCUCCUCCUCGAGGACCCGUCCCAGGCCAAACCCCACCUCCCGGCCAAUUCGGACGCUUGCCUCCUCAAGGUGGUCAACCGCACGCUCAACCAUCACACGGCCCCAACCCGUAUGUCAGAGCCACACCUCCACCUCCAGGACCCUAUGCCCCUGGGCCCACGAGUAUCCCACCACCACAUCAACAGCAGCCCCCGCAGCCCGGCCCGUAUGGUCCUCCACAAGGAAUGCAGCGAGGUGUCCCGAUUCAACAGCAGCAGCAGCCACCCCCUCAGCAGCGUGGAGGUCCUCCAGACGGACCAGCUGCACCUCCUCGCGCUCCUUCAACGAAUCCACCGGCCCGGGUACCUGCGGGCCCUCCCCCACCAAAAUAUCCUCCUGGUGAUCGCAGCCAUAUCCCAGACUGGGCAAGCCCUGUGUACACUAUCAUCUCCGAGCACCUUAAUCGGAUGAGGCAGACGACUCCGGCAAACCAAAAACGACUUGUCGAUGACCUUGAGCGUAGAAUCAACCCCCUCUUUGACGCCUUGAACUGUGAAACGCUCUCAAAACCCGUUGUGGAACAAUUGGUCUCGCUGACGCGAGCUAUGGAGGCUCGUGACCGUCCAGCUGCGCUGGCGAUUCAUGUUGAUCUCCUUACUCGCGGAUCGCAGACGGAUGAUAUUGGUCUUUGGAUGUCGGGGAUUAAGCAGUUGAUCAUGCGGUUGUAGGUAGAAUUAGAUAUACGUUGUGGUUUCUUUCGUUUGAAAUGAAUUAUUGACU